AUGGCAUACAAAGCUCAAACUGUUCGGAAUAGCUUUACAGCAACUGGAUUAGUACCAUUCAAUCCAGAUCGAGUUUAUCAACAGCCUACUGUUCGAUUGAAGACUCCAACAUCCCCACCAAGUCGAUCAAGUGAUACACAAUCAUCCUGCUUGCAAACCCCUCAAAACCCACGUCAAUUUAAGCGCCAAAUGACUAUAACGAAGAAGAGAAUAAGCCGGCAUACAAGAAGUUCAUCUGAAGCUAUUGGUGAAGUGUUUACACGGGCAUCAAAGGCUUAUGAGAUGAGUAUUAAUAAGCUUACAAUUGCACAGAAGGAACUCCAUGAUCUACGGGCUGCACAUGAGAGGGAGAAGCAAAAACGUCAAAGAUCUAAGCAGCAAAUAUCUCAUGAGCAGGGAAUUACCAGAGAGGAAGCUCAAGCACUCGUACAAGGUCAGAUUGAAGCAUCUCAAGCUGUUACUACUGCUCCGGCCGAGCCUGAGCUCCCAGUCUCUCACCCACCUGUACGACGUCAAUUUCGCUGCAGUGGUUGUGGUGUUGCAGGACAUAAAAUAACUGGAUGUCCUAAUCUAUGUGGGUUAGAAAUUGAGAUUUGA